GCAAAAGCGAAACCUUUGGCACACACCCAGCACAACCACCAUCAACCGCGACAACGCGCCAUCAAGAUGGUCACUGCGUGGCAACGGAACCCACCACAAAAGCAAAAGGCAGCAGGCAGUGUGUGUGUGUGCUUGGGCAACAGCGCAGCAAGCCCCACCCGCCUUGCUGUGUUGUUGUUGGGGAGAGGAUCGACACCAGGCUGAUCGGCCGUUGCUUGCUUGCUUGCUUGCUUGCUCGAUUGUCAUAGCCCAAAAGUCGCCAGCUAAGCAAGCUCCCCCAUCCAAUUCACUCAUCAACUGAACUGACUUGACUGACUGCCGUUCACAUUUUGUCGCAAAUCCAAUCCAACCACCGCGCGCGCGCACCGUGUCCAAGAAGUGCAGGUUGUGGCACCUUUGCCUCCUCCUUGUCUCUUUGUUCACUUCCUCUUCUUGUGCUUUCCUGGCUGUUCUUGUUCUUCCGUUUUUUUUCCCUUGUUGGCGCUUCGUUUGAGGUUGUGUUUCAUUUCACAAUACACUUCCCCGCUUCCACGCGCUUGCUUGCCGUCGCUUGCAUUGUUGCGUCGUACUGUGUGUUGCUUUCCUCUCCCCCCGCUUUCCACUUGGUUUCCCGGCUUGUUCAUUUCCAUCCAACAAGCAAGCCCGCACCGCACGAAAAGGAACCCCCCUUUCCUUGAUCAUCGGCACCCACAGCCUCAGUUCCAAUCUCGUUGCAUAUCACAAGCCAACCAGCCAACGCGCACACCGCGCCCUUCCACCUCUGCUUCUCCCACCUCCUUUCCUCCACGGUUGUUCCCAACCCCUUCAUUUUCCCCACCCCACCAUUUCCUCCUCCCUUUUUCCCCGCUUGGCCUCCCACUCACUGGCUGACCCCUUUGACCAGCCUCCUUCAACCGCCACCAACCGCACACCAAGCCCCCUUCGCCCGCCCUCAACCACCAGGAGCACCCAAGCCAACCUUCGUGGGUCUCACACGCAAGUUCCGCACCCACGGCAACCAACGACCACAGCACCUCAGUGCCAGCCAGUGCCACCGCACUCCAGCAAUCAAUCAACUCAUCCACUUUCCACGCACCAGCCCGCCGACGUCAGGCUUGCACACCGCAACCUCUGGACAUCACCGCACGCCAUCCCCACACUUCUACACACCAUCAAAGCAGCCAACGUUGCAGCUAAACACCAACCCGUGCCCUACCUCCCCUUCCCGAAAGUCGCAGCCUCCCUCCUCUUCCACACACACACCCUUCACACACACACACACAUACACACACGCGCGCCUGCCUGCCAGCCUUUCAUCUGAUCCAUUUUUGUUCCUCCCAUCGAACUGUCAGUUGUUGUUCUUCUCUGCCACCUUUGGUUCGACUUCCUUCCGCCGCCUCCCCCCUCCCCUCCCCGAUCUUUGUUUGUUCCUCUUCCACAAGGCACCGCGUGGCGCACGUCCAUCACACUUGACGUAGAAUGCGCCCCGUCACCAUCAUGCGUACCCACCCCACCAACAACGCUGACACAGCGCCGUCGUCCUUGGCCUUUCAGCAAACCCAGUGCCUCCCUGAUCCGCACAGCACCACCAGCACCAGCACCAGCACCAGCAUGGACGCAGCAGCAGAGGAGGUCGCACCGAGCGGCGAGCAGUCAUUGCUGACCACAUCGACGACGACUUCCACAUCAACGACGACGGCAGCCACCAAUGCCACGACAACGAACGCAACACCGUCAUCAUCAACGACGACGACAACAGCGCCGGCGGACCCUGUUGAAUCCCCGACGCCAGACUCGUUUGCAUAUGCAUAUGGGAUUGACAUCACCGACGCAAACUUGGCCACAGGCAUCCUAUGGGCGUUUCUUCUCGACUCGCGCCUCUUUGAGCAAACUAUGGACGACGACGACGGCGAUGACCAGUACCGCCACGUUGAUGAUCGCGAUGAUCAAGAGCAACACCACCAACGCAUGCAGCCGCAGCACGGCCAUGAGCAAGGAAGCGCCUUUGGGUUUGUCAACGCGCCAGCAUCGCCAUCAUCACCCGCAGCGUCGUCCUGGCAGCAACACGUCAUGGAGCACCUGCCCCAGCUGAUGAGCGUGCUCAUCAUGUGCCUUUCCGCACAGCUCGAGCAGCAGGAGCAGGAAGCGCGGCCCCUGCAAGCUACAACAUCGCCAACCGCCGCAAUGACUUGCGGUGAAGUCACGCCACCGCCAGCACACCCGCAACAGCAGGCGCAAUCACCAUCAUCACCAUCACGCGCAAGCAAUGACAUGGACUGUUCUGAUGACGGCAACGUCAACGAGGAGCAAAUGCAGCAGCCCGUGCAUGCAGGCAUUGCUUCUCCCUUUGCCACGGCAUCACUGGCCCGCUACGCCGCAAUGCAGCGCCAGCUUGAAGUGUGCGCGCAGUGCCUGCAGUGUGGAAGCUUUGAGAGCCUCCUUGAACGUUUCUCGGAGGUCUACCCGGCCUUCCCCUUCCUCUGCCGUGGCCCGCGACCCGCCACAAUUGGACCCCACAUUCCCAUCAUUGAGGUCUCGCCAACGCAGCCCAUCCAGCCAUGGCAGUUCUCCCCGUCCAUUGGCCGGCAAGCAGCCCUCAUUGCUUAUCUCGGUGCCGAGCUCAACCUUUGGCCCGUCGCACCGGCACAACCACCAUCGCCCCUGCCAUGAAUGAAUGAAUGCCACAUUCGCAUGCGUGGGUGGGGCUGAUGGAUGCUCGAAGCGAGCUUGCAAGCAAGCGAGGGUGCAUUUGUGUGCGUGGUUGCAAUGAAUCCGUGUUGAGGUUGUGUGCGUGGCUGGCGACCACCAACCUCUCGUGUUCACAACACCACCGCCUUUUCUCCCCCUCUGCGCAACUCGCUUCAUUCGCAUUAACCGUUCUCAUCUCCUCUCCUGCAACACAUUCGUGUAUCAAAUCAAGUAGCUUCCAUACGUGUGAUGUGUGCGCACGAUCUCUGUCGAAGUUGUGCCUUCCCUUUUUAGUUUCCUUCCUCCCUUUCCCCCUCAUCGAUCCACUAGCACUUUGGCCCUCAGUUAUACACACACACACGCUGUUUUUAGUUGAUGACACCCCUCGCCUCUUGUUUACCUUUCCAUGCUGGCGCAACUUCCAGCCCCUCCUUGCCUGCAAGCACCGAUGCGAACGUACGGUCGCUUUGUUACGCACUACUGUUACACACAAUCGCCCUUGGUUACUUUCCACACAGUCAUCCCGUGUGACUGUCCUUUUUCUGCCAUCCCAAACCGGAUGCACUAGGCCACGCUGUCAAAGACCACUCACUGCUCUCCUUUUGCUUGUCAACUUUGCUCUUGGUGUUGUUGUUGUUGUUGUUGUUGUUGUGGUGGUGGUGGUGGUGGCGGUGCUUCUCCAUUGCAUCGUCGUGAUGCGACAUGAUGCUGGUGGUUGCUCGUGGUUGCUCCUGGUGGCCACAUUGCAAUGCCCACUUCCAACAUGUCCCCUACAACCGACACUAUCGUCUCCACCAAACACACACUCGCUCUCUCUCAUACAUUUCUUUUGUUUUUUCCUUGCUUGGUGUGGUUUGGCAACCUCCUUGCGCCCCUUGAUGGUUGUUCAAUUUGUUCAUGCAAACGCCACGGUGUUUCGCAUUCCCCACGUGGUGUUGUCGCAUUCCCCACUUUCUUUCUGUUCUUCUUUUUUUCCUUUCUUCAUGUGGCCUACACGUGUGCUCUCCUUCACACACUUCCUACACCGACCCUUGUUGUUGUUGUCGUACGCUUGCUCUGCUGUUUCUCCCAACAGCAAGCACGUGUACCUUUGACCGUCAUUUGAACCGCUUCCCUGCUGCACGGCGUGCAUGAUUGCGCGUCGCACGUGUGCCUGAUACCUACCUAUUCAUGAGUGGAUGUGUUCUCCAUACGCCAACCGAUGAUGUUGUUCGCUGUUGCGAUUCUGUUUUUGUUGUUACCUUGAUGGUUGGACUGCCGCUGUUGGGUGUUGCUUUCCACUGGCGUCCCUCGAACAACUGUGUUGUUUCUGUUGUUGAACCGUUGCCAGCCUUGUUGAUGGGCUUGGCUUGGCUCCGUGUUUGGUGCGACGUGCCAUCACAUGCCUCAUUUGUUGCUCUGGUAGCUUUUUUCGUUCGUUCCCAUCACCCGCAUUUGCUGCAUUGCAGCCUCGUGUGUCGUUCUAUUCCUUUUGUAGAUUCGUGUUGCCUUUCCACACCCGCGACCACUCAAUCGAUCAACCAACCAACCAACCACCCACCAUCUCCGCCACCCACAACAUGCUCUUGUGCACUUGCACGGUUUUGUUGUUCUGUUCGUGCUUGCAUGCACUGCGCUACGCUCCAAAAGGAGAAAGUGUCCGCCAUCCGCUCUCCACCAACACUUGCUGUUACCACGCCCCUUUGCGCUGUUUCCAUGGUGGCCGAUUAAAGCGUUGUUCUCAGUGACUGUUGAUUCCCGUGA